GUUCAAAAUUAUUUCAGACGUCGACUGAACGAUGCGAGAGCGACGAACCAUGGGCAGCCCCGUCAGGCUGCUCCUCUGCCUCGGCUUAGCUCUCAAUCCGUUAGCUCUCAAUCCGAAGAACAAGCCCCAGACCCAGGCCUGCGUCGACGAGCAGGGGAAUGCCAUCGAAUGCGUCCAGCCCGACGACGGCCCCGGCAGCCUCCAGGACCAGUUCGUCGAGAAGGUGGCGACCGCUAGGCGAUUGAAAGGCCUGGAGGGCGAGCCGGCGCAGCCCUCCAUGACGCAGCGGAAGAACGCGGAAAGGAAGGCGCGGCAAGCGGCGCGACGGAAGCGGAGCGGCGUCUGCCCGGAAGACGGUCUUUGUUCCUACGAGGAGAGUCGAUUUGUGCCACCUAAAUGUGAGCCCGGCGACCGGAGCUGUGCCGACGACAACCGACGACUGGAAGAAGCACAGGGCGCUUUGAGGGAGGAUUUGCAAAGACAGCUCGACGCGGAGUACGCGCGGCUGGACGCGGAGGCCGCCUCCGCACCGAUCGACAACGACACGGCGCCGCCGCCGCGCUACUACGGCGACGCGGAGCUGGCCGCGGCUUUGGACCGCGAUUUGGCGGCGGCGUGGGGUGGGCAUUCGAAGCCGCUCCGGGCGCCCGUGCGCGCGCCUCGUUCAAUAUAGUAAGUUCGUCUCCCUGUG